AUGUUUGGAGCUAAGGUGGUGAGCAGGUCUCGCAGGGUACUGGGAUUCGCGUCUCGAUUUUCACGGCGUUUCGGACGGGAGACCCUGAAAACACUGUACACGGCUCUGGUACUUCCUCGACUGGAGUACUGUUCUUCAAUAUGGAGCCCUCAUCAGAUACACCUCACUGAGCGCCUAGAAAGUGUGCAGCGCCGCGCGACUCGAACCUUGGCCCGCCACGACCAUUCCUCCGACUACGAUGAACGCCUGCGGUCUCUUGGUUGGCACCGCCUGAGCCACCGACGAACAGUGGCGCGUGUCCGACUCGUUGCUGUUGCCGCUGGCCCUUCGCUGGCCGGCUCCUACCUAGCAUCAGUUCCCCGUAUCUCUAGCCGGACAGGCUGCCCUAUCCCUCUCCGCGCCCGCACCCGGCGACACGAAGCUUCGCUGUUCCCCGACGCGGUGAGCACGUACCUGUCCUUACCUGAGCGCACGCGCCCACCCCUGCCGGGGACUGGGGACGAACUCCGCGACUUCAGCAGGACUGUGUCGUGUGCUCUCCGAGCUCAGUAACUCUGUGUACCUAUCAUUUCUUCCUCCCUUUCAUUUGUAUAUUCAUCAUCAUCAUUUCACCUGUUAACACACAGCCGAGGAGGCAGCCAGCACUUGGCUGUACGGGCUUCUGCCUUUUGGCUGCCUCAGGCACUCGGCUGUGUGGAAGUUGUGCCAUUAAACACCUUGA